AUGCCUAACAAGACCGAGUCGUACAAGCUCCGCCCUCUGGGGUGGGAGAACGAUGCGGAUGAGGAGCGGAUACACACCACCACGCUGGACUACCUCGCAGCCAUGACGUACAACUCGUACGCCAUCUACUUCAGGCUCGAAGAUAGCGAGCGGCCCAAGGUGCUGGAGGCGCUCAAGGCUGGCCUCGAGAGGACCCUCUCCCAGUGCCGGCACCUCGUGGGCAGGAUGGAGAAGAAUGACGACGAUGAUGACCACUCGUUCGUGAAGAGGAAGCACGACACGGUCGACUUUUUGGUCGAGUACUGGGAUGACGCUCCCGACGUGCCGUCCUUUGACGAGCUUGAAAAGGUGCAUUUCGCGACCCAGAGCCUUGGCGACACUGUGCGAUUCAGCACUCCCGGCAUGGAGUAUGGCGAGAAGCCAGAGUGCCACCCUAACGAGAAACCUGUGCUGGCGGCGUUCAAGGCCAACUUUAUACGCGGAGGGCUCAUGUUCGUCAUGAACCACCACCACUACUGCCAGGAUAUCAUGGGCUGGGUCUGGAGUGCGCGGCAGUUGGCAGGGAACUGCGCGGCGGCCAUGAACGGCACGGCGCCUCCGCCGUGGGACCCGGCCGCCAUAACCGACGGCAAGCGCUUCACGUCCAACCUCCCGUCUGCGCAAAAGGUGGACGGACCCAAGCCUCCGGAGCGGCACCCGGACCUCAGACAGGCAUCUUCUGUGCUCUUCCACCUGCCGAGGAGCAAGGCGGAGGAGCUCAAGAAGCUGGCCAUGCCGACAGACCCGACCAAGCAGUGGAUCUCGACGUACGACGCCUUCACGGCGCUGCUGUGGCGGCUCCUGACCAAGCACCGACGGGUGCUGUACGGGUCCAGGGACGAAGACGCACCGCUGCUGGCCGAGGCCAUCAACUUCCGGCUCAACGGCCGGCUGAACCCGCCGGUGGCGGAAAAGUACCAGCGCAACCUCUUCUUCGCCGCCGCGUCGGCGAGCCUGCCGAACCAGCUGACCACGGCCCAGGUGGCCGAGACGGCGCCGCUGUACGAGCUCGCGGCCAAGAUCCGCGCCAUGACGCAGAGCAUGACGCAGCCGGCGCUCGAGGCCACCCUGGCGCAGCUGGCCGCCGUCCGCGACAAGACGUGCCUCUUCACGCGCGUCAACUCGUUCCCGCCCCUGACCAUCGUCACCACCGACUGGCGCGAGGCCGGCCUCGACAGCUACGACUUUGGCUUUGGCAGGCCCCGCGCCUACCGCCAUCUGUUCCCCGUCGUCACCGAGAACCUGCUGCUCAUCUUCCCGCGUCGGGCCGCGGGGCCGCUGGGCGAGGAUGAGGGGCCCGAGUUUGCCUUGUCCGUCGAGAACGAGAUCCUCGACGCCUUCUUGAACGACCCCAAGUUCAAGAAGUAUUUUGAGUUUAGGGGCUAUGAGCUCCGGACCGAAUGA